AUGAGGGCGAUCCGCGAGGCGCAGGCAGGCGCAGAAGUUUUGUGCCCAGACAAAUGGAACAACCUCACGCGCUUGCUCGAUCGGGGCACCUGCGUCUUCGUUGUGUUCCCAUCGGUUCUGUGGUUUGCCUUGUGGAGGCGUCCCUGGCAGCAGCUUCUUCCCUUCAUAGCCGCCUUCGGGGCCGCUUGGCUGUCUUGCGCAAUCGGCAUCAGGUACCGUGAUCAACACCCUUGCGGAGUCAGGAGGCCAGUCACCUACGGCAUGUUCAUGGUGUUCCACGAGCUGUGGCACUGGCUCCUCUUUCUCGCCCUGACCGCAAAUGCCCUCGACAGGAGGGCCGGCUCCUCCCCGCAGAGCUGCACCGGCGCCGGCCACAUGUGCUGA